AUGCAUUUUAGUAUCAUUGCCCUGGGGAUCACAGAUGCUUAUAUGCUCACAGGGAUGGCUUAUGACCGCUACAUGGCCAUCUGCAAACCCUUGCUAUACGGUAGCAAAAUGUCCAGAUGUGUCUGCCUCUCUCUUGUUGCUACUCCUUACAUUUAUGGCUUUGCAAACGGUCUGGCACAGACCAUCCUGAUGCUUCGUCUCUCCUUCUGUGGACCCAAUGAAAUCAAACACUUUUACUGUGCCGACCCUCCUCUUUUAGUCCUUGCCUGCUCAGAUACUCAUGUCAAAGAAACCUCCAUGUUUGUGGUGGCUGGUUCCAACCUCACCUGUUCUCUCACCAUCAUCCUCAUCUCCUACAUGUUCAUUUUCACAGCCAUUCUGCGUAUGCGCUCUGCUCAGGGGAGACGCAAGGCCUUCUCCACCUGUGGGUCCCAUCUGACAGCUGUCACCAUCUUUUACGGGACCCUGUUCUGCAUGUAUCUGAGGCCCCCUUCUGAGGCAACUGUAGCACAGGGGAAAAUUGUAGCUGUUUUUUAUAUCUUUGUGAGUCCUAUGUUAAACCGUUUUAUCUAUGGCUUGCGGAACAAAGAUGUUCAAACAGCAAUCAGGAAAGUGAUCCGAAAGAAAUUGUUUGCUAAAUAA